AUGGGAGCGGCCGAUUCCAAGCUCCGGUUCAAGAACCACGUGUUCCGACUCUCGGAUUCCACCACGGAAAUUCCGCCCAAUAGCGAAUAUUGGGAUACGUUUUGGCGUGAACCGCAAUCGGCAAAUGAUAUAUUCAAUUUGCUUACUCCCUCUGAUAUAAGGACCAUUCGCGAUGCAAAUAAACAGCAGUUCUUGCGACUGCUCAAGGUCAUCAGCGACCGACUGCUGUUCCUUACGGGACAGCGAAAUGUUCCAGCGCGCAGUUUCCAGAAACAACACCAACUCAAUUGUAUACGACUUUUGACGAAGCUCGUGCCGUUUUUAUACGAAGACCACACAUUGGCCGAAGACGAGAGAACGUUGUUCUGGACCCAAGCCAAAGCCUCCUCCUCCUCACCCCAGGCUGAAGCCGAGGCCGAUUCGGAUGACACUCCAUUGGGAGCUAGACUGGUGUUUGCAUGUGUGGACUUGCUAUUCACUGCGAAUUUUACGGUUCCGAAAGCCCGGGUUGAAUUGGCGAAUACCGUGGAUCUUUCUAUCUGGGAACCCGGUAUCGGCUUGAGUGGAAAGUUUCAACAGCCGAGGGUUGAGAUCGAUAGUAAUAGACUCGAAGUUUUGAGGCUACUUCUGGUUCUUUGUUCACAAUGUCUCUACGAAACGCCUCCUCAACUUAUCUCAAAUGGCUCGCGCUUCUUAACAGUUAUGACGACUUCGUUGCCGCGAUUGAAGACCCUCACCUUGAUAUGCUCGCUGCUCAAUCUCGCUUGCAGGACAAUGGGAGCUCCCGGUGACCAGACCGGAUUGGACAGCACAAACCCGUCUUUUGUGCAUUUGAGAGUCUUGAUGGCUUCCCAUGCUAUCCAGCUGCUUACGUUGAUGAUCGUUUAUCCACUUCCCAAGACUGAUGUCUCCUUCCUGAAGGAGACUGGAAUUUUCACUGAGACACCUCUCAAUCUUACGAGGCAUUUCUGUGGAAAACUCCACAAAGAGAACGAACUGGAAUUUUUAAGAACAGGUCUUUUGGCUCCGCUACGUGCUCCUCUUAUCAGUGCAUCUGAUACCAACAAUGCCAACGUGAUUAGCUCUUUUGUCAGUGGGGCUUUCAGUGCAAACGAACCGUCAGUUUGGUGUAUCGAGAGCAUAAUGCUUGUAUGGGAAUUCUACCAGCUGAACAGAAGAUUCCGAUCCUACAUUGCCACGAAUUUCGGUAACUCUCUGAUGGUCUCGUUGCUUUAUUAUGUUCAUUCCUACAGAAAACAGGAAGCCUACCGGAACGUUGUGCGGAUUUGCUCCUACUUCUUCCUCUAUCUCUCGGCAGAUCCUCUUAUUUGCAAUUCCGUUCUGGCUUCUUUCCCAUCCGAAGAAUACGCUAUUCUUCCACAGACAUUCAAGCUUUCGGUUGCUCCUCUUACGUACCGAGACUUUCUCGUUUCCCACUCCUGUGCGAUGCUGCUGGACUUGUCCACUUCUGUGUUGAGACCUACUCUGGUUGAGUGGAUAUACAAUCUUCUGCCUCUGGGAAAUCAGCCUGGCAGAGAUGUUGUUCCCACGAUGAACAGACGAGCGUCUCGCGAUAUCACUAACGGUGCUUCUCUUGGGUCUUCUUCGACGUCUCCUUCAUUGAGUGCUCCAGUCAACAUAGUGGCUCAACAGAGGAUUGGCUCGGGAAUAUCGUACCCAACAGCCACCUUGUUAACGCAGUUGAUUCUUCGGUUCUCUGCUAUUGGUUUCCUCCAAGAAAAUGCCAUAAAUCCGGACCUUUUGGCAUUAUUGGUGAGGGCAAUCUGCCAUGCUCUUUGCAGGUUCUCCAAAAAUUUCAGUGCGCUAAUCUUCAUCAUCUGCAGAGACAAAAAGGUUUAUACCGACGUUUUGAAUAUCAUCAACCGUCUCGAUGCUAUCCAGAAAGAAUCGGCCAAAAACUCGCCAAUAGUGAACCCUGAAGACUCAGACAUAGAUGAUCAUUUCUCACUCUCAGAUAGGAGCUCUAUUGCUCUUGAUUCGCAGGAAGGCUCGCAGAACAUGGCAGAUGAAGAUGAAUCGUUCAUGAGACCAAGACCACCUGUUGGAAUGUCUGCCAAAGCAAAGGGAAAACUUGUUGCAGGAGCUCCUCUUCAUGCCAAAUGGGCUGGGUCCAAAGCCAUGGCAAUUAUCCUAGAGUUCAUUCAAGUCACCACAAAAAAUGUGCCAGAGUUCUCCAACGACUCGCCUACCGAUACGGCAACUUUGAUCUCGAAAAUCGAGGACUUGGACUACUCCAAUCUCAUCAUUUCCAACAUACACAGAGGCGAGUUCCUGCCUUCUAAAACAGGCUUUGAGCCUUUGAAAUUCACCUGGUCCAACAUGUCGUUGGGAUGGUAUUGCAGUAUUCUGUGGGGAUGCAUAUUCGUCAAUUACGAUGUGAAUAGACGGAAAAGGUAUAGUGUCUCUGGUUCAAUAUCGGUGUUCAAGAAGGCUGCCAUUGACUGGGGGUUUUCCAAAUGGAGCAACUCAGAGGCUGCGCUCACAGAAAUAGCAGAGAACGCAAUGAGCGACGUUGGCACUUGGCAUGGAACACACGUGAAAGUGUUCAAAAUCAAAGAAAGAAUGAGGGAUACGCCCACUCUUAUGCAGCCACGAGGUGCUGUUGAUGCUGUUGCCGACUCGCUGGUCAAGCGACUAAACGACUUCAGGUUAGGCAGAAACGGCAGUGUUGUGGACUCUUCUGCUCCAGGAACUCCAGAUACCAUUUCAGGCUCUUUUUUCAGAACUCACAAUCCUUUUGGUGGGCCUACAGACAGUCCUGCCCCUGAUUCGCCCAGGCCUCUAAUGAUUACGCCAAGAGGCUCUGUUUCAGGGACCCCUCGGGGGUCUGUUGUUGGGACUCCCGUUCUGACUCCGCGACCAUCAUUUUCUGAGAUUGCCAGAAGAGAAGAUUGA